UCUCUCUCUCUCUCUCUGCAACUCUCACUUUGUCUUAAAGAAGACGAAACUCCCUCUCUCUCUCCCCCUCAGUUUCUCUCUCUACAGUCGCGCACACAGUGUGAGAGAGUGAAGAAGAAUAAUAGCUGCAAGCUUUAAUUCAAUAAAUAAAAAAGGAAAAACAAUGUUCUUCGCUUUUGGCUCGCAAGCCAUGUGACCUCUCUGACAUAUUCUCUCUCUUUGCUCUUCUUUUACUUCUUCUUCUUCUUCUUCCUCCUCCUCCUUCACAUCGUUUGUUUUUGUUUUUAAAUUGCUGCAUUUUCCUCUCUCCGAGUCACCGUACGUGUUGACUCAGCUGGAUGGCCUCAUCCUCACGAGCCCGCAGCAGCUCGCCUUUCUCCUACCGCAAGCCCUCCAGCCCCUACUCGUCGACCUCGUCCUCGUCUUCGUUGAUGAACGGCCGGAUCAUUCCGCGCUCCUGCUCGACCUCAGCGACGUCGUUUUACAACUCGGGAGGUGGACUCGGGUCCCGAUCCAUGACGCCGAGUCGCGGCCGCUCCGAUUCAAUGCAGUACGGUUCAGGCGGUUAUAGUACUCGCUCGCCGGUGGGCUUCGCGUCGGAGGAGCUUUUGGCGGAGAUGCUCGAGGCGCCGAGGGGUGGGGAUAGCAUAUCGGUCACGAUUCGGUUUAGGCCGCUGAGCGAGAGGGAGUUUCAGAGAGGGGACGAGAUCACUUGGUACGCAGACGGUGAUAAGAUAGUGAGGAAUGAGUACAAUCCAGCUACAGCAUAUGCAUUUGAUAGAGUUUUUGGACAGCAUGCCAAUUCACAAGAGGUGUACGAGGUUGCAGCUAAACCUGUUGUCAAAGCUGCCAUGGAAGGUGUCAAUGGUACUGUUUUUGCUUAUGGUGUGACAAGUAGUGGAAAGACACACACUAUGCAUGGAGAUCAAAACUCUCCAGGUAUUAUACCAUUGGCGAUAAAGGAUGUCUUCAGUAUUAUCCAAGAUACCCCAGGGAGGGAGUUUUUACUUCGUGUCUCAUAUCUUGAGAUCUACAAUGAGGUGAUAAAUGACUUGCUUGAUCCAACAGGUCAAAAUUUGCGUGUGAGAGAAGAUUCACAGGGUACAUAUGUUGAGGGUAUAAAGGAAGAAGUUGUUUUGUCUCCUGGGCAUGCGCUUUCUUUUAUUGCUGCUGGAGAAGAACAUCGUCAUGUCGGAUCCAACAAUUUUAAUCUGUUGAGUAGUCGAAGCCACACCAUAUUUACACUGAUGAUUGAAAGUAGUGCCCAUGGUGAUGAAUAUGAUGGAGUGAUCUUCUCUCAACUUAAUUUGAUUGAUCUUGCUGGAUCUGAGAGCUCGAAAACCGAAACAACUGGACUAAGAAGAAAGGAAGGAUCUUACAUAAACAAGAGCCUUCUAACUCUUGGAACUGUAAUAGGAAAACUGAGUGAGGGAAAGGCAUCCCACGUUCCAUAUCGAGAUUCUAAGCUUACCCGCCUUCUGCAAUCCUCGUUAGGUGGGCAUGGUCAUGUUUCGCUUAUUUGCACUGUUACCCCUGCAUCAAGCAGCAUGGAGGAAACUCAUAAUACAUUGAAAUUUGCAAGCAGGGCAAAGCGAGUAGAAAUCUAUGCAUCGCGCAAUAAGCAGAUUAUUGAUGAGAAGUCUUUGAUUAAGAAGUAUCAAAGAGAAAUUUCGGUCCUUAAAGAAGAACUUGAUCAGCUAAGGAAGGGGAUGCUUGUUGGCAUCAGCCAUGAGGAGAUUAUCACCUUAAAACAAAAGUUGGAAGAAGGUCAAUUUAAAAUGCAAUCAAGAUUGGAGGAAGAAGAGGAAGCGAAGGCUGCUCUUAUGAGUAGAAUCCAGAGGCUGACAAAGCUCAUUCUUGUUUCUUCAAAAAAUACAAUUCCUGGAUGUUUGGGUGAUAUUCCCAGCCACCAGCGUAGUUAUUCAGUUGGUGAGGAUGAUAAAGUAGAAGUAGUGCGAGAUGGGCCCUUGCUCCUAGAGAGUGAGAACCAGAAGGAGUCACCGUCUUCUGUCUCUGCUGUUCCAUCAGAUCUGGCUAAUGAUUUUAGACACAAAAGAUCUUCCAGCAGGUGGAAUGACGAUCUCUCACCAGCUAGCAGUACAAUUACGGAAUCAACUCAAGCCGGUGAACUUAUCAGUGGUUCGAGACAUCCAAUGGGAGGAAUGACAAUGUCAGAUCAUAUAGACCUGCUUGUUGAGCAAGUUAAGAUGCUUGCUGGAGAGAUUGCACUUGGCACCAGCUCCUUGAAGCGAUUGGUGGAGCAGUCUGUAAAUGAUCCUGAUAGCGCGAAAACUCAAAUUGAGAACUUGGAACGUGAUAUCCAUGAAAAGAGAAGGCAAAUGAGAGUUUUAGAACAGCGCAUAAACGAAAGUGGCGAGGCUUCAAUUGCCAAUGCAUCUUUAGUUGAGAUGCAGCAGACAGUUAAAAGACUGACGACCCAGUGCAAUGAGAAGGGAUUUGAGUUGGAAAUAAAAUCAGCAGACAAUCGUAUUCUUCAGGAGCAAUUGCAAAAUAAGUGUGCAGAGAACGUGGAAUUGCACGAAAAAGUGAAUCAGUUAGAGCGACGUUUGGCUUCAGUGUCUGGUGAAACGUCUUCCGAGCACUGUGUAUCUGAAGAAUAUGUUGAGGAGCUCAAAAAGAAAAUUCAGUCUCAGGAGAUAGAGAAUGAGAAACUAAAGCUGGAGCACGUCCAGUUCUCAGAAGAGAACAGUGGGUUACAUGUGCAAAAUCAAAAACUGGCCGAAGAAGCUUCGUAUGCAAAAGAACUGGCAUCUGCUGCUGCUGUGGAGUUGAAGAAUUUGGCUGGUGAAGUGACAAAGCUCUCACUGCAGAGUGCAAAACUAGAGAAAGAGUUGUUGGCUGCUCGGGAGUUGGCCAAUUCUAGAAGCUCUGUUAUGCAACCUGUUAAUGGUGCUAACCGCAAGUACAAUGAUGGAGCAAGAUCUGGGAGGAAAGGGAGGCUCUCUGGUCGUGCUAAUGAGAUAUCAGGGAUGUCUGAUGACUUUGAGUCAUGGAAUCUUGAUGCUGAUGAUUUAAAGAUGGAACUUCAGGCAAGGAAACAGCGAGAGGCAGCUCUUGAGGCUGCCCUUGCUGAAAAGGAAUUUGUAGAAGAGGAAUACAGAAAAAAGGUUGAAGAUGCAAAGAAAAGGGAGGAAGCUCUAGAAAAUGAUUUAGCAAACAUGUGGGUGUUGGUUGCAAAAUUAAAAAAAGAGGGUGGAUCUAUCCCUGAGACACACACAGAAGAAAGGCACAAUGAUGUGAUGAGAAAUAGUAAUGGUUUAAAAACAAGUGACAGUAAUACUGUCCCCAAAGAGAGACAAGUUUUGGAUGUUUCGAAACCAGCUGAUGAUGAAAGUCCUAUGGAAGAACCUCUCGUUCUUCGCCUCAAGGCUCGAAUGCAAGAGAUGAAGGACAAAGAGCUCAAACACCAGGGCAACGGAGAUGCCAAUUCCCAUCUGUGUAAAGUAUGUUUUGAAUCACCAACUGCAGCAAUUCUUCUGCCCUGCCGGCAUUUUUGUUUGUGUAAAUCUUGUUCACUUGCUUGUUCCGAGUGCCCAAUUUGUCGUACAAAGAUUGCAGAUAGGCUUUUUGCAUUUACCUCAUAACACUGUUGUAUGCCCUCAAAUGAAGGGCCUUAUCAUGAUUCUGUUUUAUGUGAAAUAGCGGGUGCGAUUCUUUAAUUAGUUUGCCUGUAUGUAAACUGUGUAAAAGGUAUAUCAAUAUUUUGUUUCUAUCUCUCUCACCUGGGUCCUGUAAAAUAACAAGGGACAAAGUUGGGAAAUAGAAACCAAUCAAAUUUGGGAGUUUGAGAUGCAGAAUGUUGCUUUGUAUGGAGUAUGCAGCAAAAUGUUGUGAUUGAAACCAUGUAUAGAAAAAGAAAAAACAAUGUAAUGCUUAAGAAGCAAUAUUCUUCCACCUCUGCAAUGUUAAUUCAUUAUUUCACU